CACCGGAUGUGCUGCGAUCCCAGUUGGAGGAGUCAACCACGAUGACAAAAACGCACCGUGCGCUCCGCUCUCACACAUCCAGCAGCUCGACACUGUUAAUGAAACCAGCUGGAGAGAGAAGCGCCCACAAGGAUCUACUAUCAGACACUGUUCCCCCCAAAAAAACAAAAAAAAACUUAACGCUUUAAUCCAAACUCUCCAGAUCACACAACUGUUCUGAAACAACAUGGGCUUUUUGGGGAAAGUGUCUUCUUGUAAUCACUGCUCUUCAUUCAUGUUUGACUCCUUGGUAAAGUGGAGAGGAACGUUUGGGCGCGUAAUUGGACUUGUUCGGUGCCUCUGUGCGUGAGAUGACAAAGCUCUACAAUGAUUUUGGCAUUAAAUUAACUAUGGGCGCGCAUAUUCUGGAGUCCAACUCCAGCGGCAACUUGACUCCAGCGGUGUCAGAGGCUGGGACUGUCCUCCCGGGCUACCUGGUCGUGAUCUUAUCGGUCCUCAUGGUGACUCUGGUGGUCGUUGUGGUUGCGGGAAACGCACUGGUCAUCAUGGCUUUUAUUGUGGAUAAAACCCUGAGAAACCAAAGCAACUACUUCUUUCUGAACCUUGCUAUAUCUGAUUUUCUCGUGGGUGCCUUCUGCAUCCCAGUGUACAUCCCAUACAACCUGACAGGCCGCUGGAUGCUGGGAAAGGGUCUCUGCAAGGUGUGGCUGGUCAUGGACUACCUGCUCUGCACCGCCUCUGUCUUCAACAUCGUCCUCAUUAGUUAUGACCGUUUCCUGUCAGUCACCAGAGCAGUUAAAUACAGAGCACAGCGAAACAUGACCCGCCGGGCUGUGUUCAAGAUGGUUGCAGUGUGGGUGUUGGCUUUUCUCCUUUAUGGCCCUGCUAUCAUCUUCUGGGAGACGGUUGUUGGGCAAAGUGUAGUCCCAUCCCAUGAAUGCUAUGCCGAGUUUUAUUUCACCUGGUACUUCCUGCUCAGUGCUUCUACUUUUGAGUUCUUCACCCCAUUUGUGUCUGUGGCUUUCUUCAACCUCAGCAUCUACCUGAACAUCCAUCGUAGGAACAAGAACAGUAGCACCUGCUGUGAGGAUGAGCCCAAGAAUCACAACAGCAAAAAACAAAAAGAUCCCACAGGUUGGUCCGUGUUUUUUGUGAAGACACGGAAGGUUUCAUCCAGUGAGCCCACUGCUAUUUCGGCAGUAAUUGAGGAUGACGAAGCCCUGUCCCCAUCUUCCAGUGGGGAUCCUAACACUAGUCAUGUAUUCCUGCAGAGGGAAAAGUUUUCCCCCAGAAGGAAAAACUCUAGGCUUUUUCAGCCUACGGCUUCUUGCUUGGGACCCGGCCGAAGGACACAGGGAUCUCGGCUUUCGCGGGACAAAAAGAUUGCCAAAUCUUUGGCCAUCAUUGUCUGCAUUUUUGGGGUUUGCUGGGCUCCUUAUACUCUAUUAAUGAUUAUUCGUGCAGCUUGUAGUGGUGAAUGUGUGCCAAACUACUGGUAUGAGAUUACAUUCUGGCUUUUGUGGCUGAACUCUGCCAUCAAUCCAUUCCUGUACCCUCUGUGCCACAGCAGCUUUCGAAGGGCUUUCUCAAAGAUACUGUGUCCUAAAAGACAAUCAGUCCAACCUCAGAUUGAGAUCCAGUCUUGUUAGAUAAAAUCAGUUGCACUUCCAUGCUUUAUGAAUGCAGUAUAUAUUGUUGGUCAAACACUGUAAAAAAAAAAUGCACUGUUCUUCCAUUAAAAAUUGUUUUCAUAAGAGAUAGAGGAGAGUUAUAUCAGGACUGUCUCUGCAUAUGUGACUGCAAUACAAAAAGAUGUAAAAAAAAAAAAAAAAAAUGUUCAAGAAAAGAAAACUGCACUUUUAAUACUCCUGAUGAUGGGAUAGAGAAGUGGACUCCAGUGUCACUGUUGAAAGUGGAUGUAAUUGCUCUUGCUUGAAGCUCUAAGAGUCAAUGUCAAUGGCGUACAUUUUUUAAACUGCUAACCUUUAUAGACAAUCUUUGUAAGUAGGACAGGAAGGAGUGAUGUAGUUAAGGCUUUCUCAGUUCGGGGCUCUUUAUUUGCUAAAUUAGGGAUAAUGCACUGCACAUUGCUCAUUAUUGCUAAACCCUCACAGGGAGAUGUAGGACGUGUGCGAAGAUAAAGUCUGAGAUGAUGUCUCAAACAGGAGUCAUUAUGCACAGACGACGAUCACCAUAAUUUUGUCAAAGAUAUUGUAAAAGAAGUACAGCACAUCAAAAUUUUCAAUUAUGCUCCAUCAAGCUGAAAGCAUAGCGGAGGUAGACAACAGCCUCAGUGAAAGCCUGUGUUUCUCACAUGGCUGCUAUGACAAGAAAACCUUUUCAUUCUAAUUCAGAUCAAAUAGAUGUGAUUUUUUUUAAAGCUUCAUAACCUCACAGACUUUUAAUGAAGAUGUUAAUUAAUAAAUAUAAGAAAUGUUUUUUAUUUAUGCUGUCACAAAGUAAAACUUUUCUUCAUGCAGCAAUAUAACGGCAAAUGUGGGAAGUUCAAAGCACAUAAG